ACUCUUGAGUAUAAGCGGUUUUCACUGAUCCAAUAAUUUCAGAAAUCACAGAUCCCGUAAUUUGAACAAAUUCAGAAGAUUUAUUUCUCAUCAAUCUCUCUUCUACCAUCCCGAUCCAUCAAAUCUGUAAGAACUCGCCAGAGAAGAAGAAAUGGGUUCAGUUUCACUCAAAAUAGGAGAUGGAACAGCCAGAUUCAAGAGGGCAACUCUCUGUUCUUCAGCUUUAAACCUUAUGAUGCUCUUCUCUGUUCUUACCACAAAUCUAUUUGCUUUAUACGCAUUCACAUCUUCUCCAAAAGACCAAAACCCCACACAUUACCAAUCUCACAAGAACAUCACCAUCAUAUCUGAACAAGUUUCCUUAAUCCUAAGAGAGAUCGAUUCUUCCCAGAAACAGCUUGCCCAGAUUGAGAAAGAUCUAAUCGGAUACGAAACUGUUGAUCUUUCCGAACCCAAUAUACCCAAUGAACUCAAGCUUUUCCUUAACCGAUAUACUCUUCCUCUAGGGAAAGAUUCAAGAACUGGGAUUACUGAAAUGGUGGCAUCUGUUGGCCAUUCUUGUCAGAAAUCCAUGGAUUUUCUCUCCAAUUUCAUGAAUUACAAAGUUAAUGGUCUAUGUCCUGACGAUUGGAGCCUUGCCCAGAAACUGAUUUUGAAAGGAUGCGAACCUUUGCCAAGAAGGAGAUGCUUUGCCAAAUCUAUACCUAAGGAUCUUCACCCCCUUCCUAUAUCCUUUUGGAAAAACGUUAGUGAUAAAUCACUUAGCUGGAGUGGCCUAGGCUGCAAGAAUCUUGAAUGUGUUAACAUCAAGAAAUUGAGUAAAGAUUGUGUUGGCUGUUUCGAUUUAUCAAACGGGAUUGAAAAUCAGAGAUAUAUUAAACCUAGGGGCAAGAAUGAUUUCCCAAUCGAAGAUGUUUUAUCUCUAAAAAACGGAGGGAUCAGAACUGGUCUCGAUCUAGGCGGAGGAUCGGGUACUUUCGCUGCAAGAAUGGCUGAGAAAAACGUAACUGUCGUGACUUCAACUCUCAAUAUCGACGCCCCUUUCAACGAAUUCAUUGCAGCUAGAGGACUGUUCCCUCUUUACUUGAGUUUGGAUCAUAGGUUUCCAUUUUAUGAUAAUGUAUUUGAUUUGGUUCAUGUUGGAAGUGGUUUGGAUGUUGGAGGAAGGCCGGAGAAGAUGGAGUUUCUUAUGUUUGAUUUGGAUCGGGUUUUAAGAGUUGGAGGAUUGUUUUGGUUGGAUAACUUUUAUUGCGCGAAUGAAGAUAAUAAGAGAGGAUUAACGAGGUUGAUUGAGCGAUUUGGGUAUAAUAAAUUGAAGUGGGUUGUGGGGGAGAAGAUUAAUGGUUUGGGUAAACCGGAGAUUUAUUUGUCGGCUGUUCUUCAGAAACCAGUAAGAGUAUAAGCAAUGCAAAGAAUAGGUUAGUAGUAGGUUCAUUACUCGAAAUUGAGACAUAAGAUGAAUCGGGGAAUAAGGGUGUUCAUCGGGUUCGUUAUUUAUGGGCAUGUAAUUUAUAGAUUUUGUUGGAGUUGGUUAAUAAUAUGGUGUAAUGUGUAUUGAUUGUUGUGAUGAAUGUACUUUUGUAAUAGUUUAAACACAUUUUAUUAAGUUGUAUGAGUUAU